UGUAGCAAUCGGAUGGUUACACAGUUGACUAACAGUAUUUGCCAGAUCGUGAAGGAGACAGAGAGGAAGAGAGAUAAGCAUCUCUGCCGACCUGCCUGUGCAUUCUCACAGUCCCACUUGGGCACAUGAUGUGGAGAAAAUCACUUGUCAGUUCGGAGCUGGUGUAGACCCAGGACUGGUUUUAACGGGAAGCUGUUACUGAGGGGAGACCCUGUUUUGUUGCAGCUGCGCUUUCGGAGGGAUUGCGAUCUGUUCUGUGAAACACACACAUCUGGAUAGUCAGUAACCUCAGCCAAAGGGUCCAGCCCGGCUAGACAUCAGGGAGAGACUGUGUGGAGCCCUGUCAGUGCCACUCAGUCCUUGGUGUUGGUCGGUGCUGAGGAUUUGCAGCGCUGGGGCAGGAAGGGGGAGAAGGAUGAGGCUGGAACUCAUUGCAACCUUCCCGAGAGAGAGACUUCUCCUGGCGGUGAAUGGACCCUGCUCCUUCUAGAGUUGUGCACUGCUCCAGGAUCAGGGGCUUGCUUGUGUCUGGGGGCUCGCUUGCCAGAGCCAGUGCCUCCCACUGGAGCGACUGGCUGUGCGCGGCCCCGUGUCGCUGUCCAUGGUGCUGAACCCGUUCCGUGUUGCCCAGCGAGAGCCAGGAAUGUAACCUUUCACUCUGCUGAGGAUGGGAUUCUUUACAAAGAAUUGGUGAACGAGAGAACCACUUCCCUCCUAGUUCUGAACGAUUUUCUUUUAUGUCAUUUUGUUUCCUUCUCCUUCGUGACCGAAGACUGUGAGUUUUUCAGCACCAGUUGAAGCGGAGAAGAGAGAGAGAGUGAGAGGGAGCGAGAAGGAGAAAGCAGUGAAGAAGGAGGUGUAAAGAUGAAUAGAAACUGGUGCAGAGCAGCCCCCUACUUUCGCUGACAGCUCCGCCGACUGAAUCUGAUUAAUGUUUCUUUGUAAAGCUUUCUGAUCUGAUUGAUCAUGGAGAGGCUCCUCUUCUCACUGCUCCUGCUCAGUUUGACUGUCAAGGCUCAGCUUUGUCCAAAGCGUUGCAUCUGCCAGAACCUCUCCCCUUCCCUCUCCAUCCUCUGUGCCAAAACUGGGCUUCUCUUUGUGCCUCCAUUUAUCGACAGGAGGACGGUGGAGCUGCGCCUAACCGAUAACUUCAUCACCACGGUGAAGAGGAAAGACUUUGCCAACAUGACCAGCCUUGUCCACCUCACGUUGUCGAGGAAUACAAUCAGCCAGAUCAUGCCUCACACCUUUGGUGACCUCCGCGGUCUUCGGGCUCUACACCUGGACAGUAACAGACUGACCAGAGUCAACCCUGAGCACUUCAAUGGCCUAAUCAAUCUCCGACACCUGAUCCUUAGCAACAACCAGCUGCAUUACAUCGCAGCUGACUCAUUUGAUGACUUUAUCGUAUCUCUCGAAGAUCUGGACCUCUCCUACAACAACCUGGAGAAUCUGCCUUGGGAAACUAUUGGCAAAAUGACAAACGUCAACUCCCUCAGUCUGGACCAUAACCUCAUUGACUUUGUUCCCGAAGGGACAUUUUCAAACCUUCAUAAAUUGGCUCGAUUAGAUAUGACAUCCAACAAACUGCACAAGUUACCUCCUGAUCCCCUCUUUCUAAGAGUUCAAAUGUUUGCAAGGACAAAAGGCUCUCCGCUCACCUCUCUGGUGCUUAGUUUUGGUGGGAAUCCGUUGCAUUGUAACUGUGAGCUACUCUGGUUGAGACGCCUUACAAGGGAGGACGAUCUGGAAACAUGUGCCUCACCGCCUCAUUUAAUGGGUAAAUAUUUCUGGUUCAUCCCUGAGGAGGAAUUUACCUGUGAUCCUCCACUCAUUACACGACAUACCUCCAAAACAUUUGUCAUGGAAGGUCAGCGAGCUAUGUUGAAAUGUAAAGCAGUGGGGGACCCAGACCCAUUCAUCCACUGGACCUCACCAGAUGGAAGGCUGAUCUCAAAUUCAUCCAGGGCCAUCACCUAUGAGAACGGAACCCUGCAUAUCAUAAUUGCCACCCCAAAAGACAGCGGGACCUUUACUUGCAUUGCCUCCAAUGCUGGUGGCGAAGCCAUGGCCCAAGUGGAGUUGAUUGUCAAUCCUCUUCCACAUUUUGCCAACGGCACAAAUAACAUCAAGGAACCAGAUCCCGGUUCAUCGGACAUCACCACGUCUGCCAAGUCAGGUUCUCCGCCAGUUACUAAUGACACAAAAGCUACGCAGGACAAGAAGGUCAUUGCAACUGACCUCACAUCGUCCUCCGUACAGAUUCGAUGGCCCUCACAGCGAAAUAUUCCUGGAAUCCGAAUGUACCAAGUCCAGUAUAACAGCUCAUCUGACGAUGUACUCGUUUACAGAAUGAUUCCAUCUUCUAGCAAGACGUUCCUUGUGAAAGACUUAGUUGCUGGACGAGACUAUGACCUAUGUGUUCUGGCUGUCUAUGAUGAUGGAAUUACCACUUUGACUGCGACACGGGCUGUAGGCUGUGUACAGUUCACCACAGAGAAGGAAUACACACAGUGUCGAUCCAUGCACACCCAGUUCCUUGGUGGGACCAUGAUCAUCAUCAUUGGUGGCAUCAUUGUGGCCUCUGUGUUGGUUUUCAUCAUCAUCCUUAUGAUCAGAUACAAAGUCUACAAUAACACUGGGGAACACAAGACUAAGGUCAGUAACGUUUACUCACAGACUAAUGGAAGUCAGAAUGGGGCCAUGCCACCAUCAACCUCAAAACUGUUGGAAAGUCGAGAGGAACAUGUCCAGGAGAUGUUGCCAGAUGCUCCCAAAGGAACCUUGGCCGUGGCUUUGACUACAGAUUACGAUAAAGCCUCUGUCACUCAAAGCCCAUCUUUUCCCACAGAGGAUAUAACUCCUCAUAAGCGAAGGAGAACUCGGACAGAUGUGCCAUUCUCUUCUAAGGAGAUUCAAGGCGAGGACCAAGAACGCCAGGUCAAGCAGACUGCAGAACACACAAUGGAACCAGUGGAACGGACCGAUGUUAAACUUUGAUACCAUCCAUUUGCACAGCAGAGACUAACACCGUCAGAAUGUUCCUGAGAAACUUUCAAGUCAUGUUGUACAACCGGAUUGGACAAACUGACUUCUAAUCAAGAUUAAUGAAAACCACUUUUCCCACCCUGGUUCUUCCUAUUCCCUUGCCAAAUCUUCAACUUAUUCCAUCCCAUCUCAGUUUGAUGUGCACUCUUUAAAGGAACUGGACCCUUCAUACACAAGUACCAUGGGCAGAAACCGUACUGAAUUGGAUUAGUGCUUUAAACCAUUGCAAUGUUUUGGCUGUAUCCAAUACCUGUAGCAGCACCAACAAUGUCUAAAGGGAAUCCUUAACUAUAUUUCUUAGUAUGGAAAUCAUCUUUUACAUUAACACAUUGAUGGACUGGGCAGAAAUGAGAAACACAAUUUUUUUUCUAAUUUAUGCAUGGGAUGGGAGCGUAUCUGAUCAGGCCAGCAUUUAUUACUCAUCCCCAAUUGCCCAGAGGGCAGUUAAGAAUCAACCACAUCACUGGAGUCACAUGUAGGGCAGACCAGGUAAGGAAAACAGUUUCUUUCCGAAAGGACAUUUGUGAACCAAGUGGGAUUCUCUCAACAGUGAACCAUGCAUUCACAGCCAUCAGUAGGCUCUUAAUCCCAGAUUUAUAUUGUAUUCAAAUUCCACCAUCUACUGUGAUAAAAUUUAAAUGCAGGUCUCACCACAAUACCUGGGUCUCUAGAUUAACAGUUCAGUAAUAACACCACAAAGCCAUCAC